AUGGAGGGAAAAGAAGGGGGAAGAAAAUCUGCAGAAUACGAAGCAGUGAUCAGUGCAGGCCCGCAUCUGAAACGCCUCCAACAGGCGCACGCUCACCUGGUGGUGACGGGCUGUCACCGGAGCCGUGCUCUGCUGACGAAGCUGCUCACGCUAUCGUGCGCCGCGGGUUCCAUCGCCUACACUCGCCGCCUGUUCCGCUCCUUUUCCGACCCAGAUUCUUUCCUCUUCAAUUCCCUCAUCAAAGCCUCUUCAAAAUUCGGUUUUUCUCACGAUACCGUUUUCUUCUACCGUCGCAUGCUCCAUUCUCGCAUUGCCCCUUCCACCUAUACCUUCACUUCCGUCAUCAAGGCCUGCGCCGAUAUCUCCGAUAUCCGACUCGGCGCGAUUGUCCAUUCCCACGUUUUUGUUUCUGGGUAUGUCGCAGAUUCCUUCGUCCAAGCCGCAUUGGUCACGUUCUACGCGAAAUCAUGCAUCCCUCAUGUUGCGCGGAAGGUGUUCGACGAAAUGCCCCAGAAAAGUACAGUUGCUUGGAACUCCAUGAUUUCGGGGUACGGGCAGAAUGGUCUUGCCCGUGAGGCUGUUGAGGUUUAUAACAUGAUGCGUGAAUCCGGGGUCCAGCCUGAUUCUGGGACAUUCGUUUCGGUAUUAUCUGCUUGCUCUCAACUGGGGUCGCUUCAUUUGGGGUGUUGGCUGCAUGAGUGCAUUGUGGGGAGUGGAAUUACAAUGAACGUUGUUCUUGCUACCUCGUUGGUGAACAUGUUUUCGCGGUGCGGUGACGUUGGAAGAGCACGUGCGGUUUUUGAUUCGAUGAACGAGGGGAAUGUUGUUUCGUGGACGGCUAUGAUAUCCGGGUACGGGAUGCAUGGUUAUGGUGUUGAGGCAAUGGAGGUUUUUCGUCGAAUGAGGGAACGAGGGGUGGUGCCUAACACUGUAACUUUUGUUGCUGUGUUAUCUGCAUGUGCGCAUGCAGGGUUAAUUGAUGAAGGGCGUGUAGUAUUUGCAAGCAUGAAGCAAGACUAUGGUGUGGUGCCGAGCGUGGAGCACCACGUUUGUAUGGUUGAUAUGUUUGGACGAGGUGGGUUGCUCAAUGAAGCAUACAAGUUUGUUAAAGGACUUCGACCUAAGGAGCUUGUUCCGGCGGUGUGGACGGCGAUGCUUGGAGCUUGCAAAAUGCAUAAGAAUUUUGAUAUUGGGGUGGAGGUUGCUGAGCAUCUCAUCAAUGCGGAGCCAGAGAAUCCUGGUCAUUAUGUGUUGCUAUCUAACAUGUAUGCAUUGGCUGGGAGAAUGGAUAGGGUGGAAUCCGUUAGGAAUGUGAUGAUCCAAAGAGGCCUUAAGAAGCAAGUGGGUUAUAGCACCAUAGACGUAGAUAACAGGAGUUAUCUUUUUAGCAUGGGUGACAAGUCUCACCCUGAGACCAAUGAAAUUUAUCGUUACUUGGAUGAGUUGAUGUGGAAGUGCAAGGAUGCGGGCUAUGCACCUGCACCUGAGUUGGCGAUGCACGAGUUGGAAGACGAAGAAAGGGAGUAUGCCCUCAGAUACCACAGUGAGAAGCUUGCAGUGGCCUUUGGGCUGAUGAAAACUGGUCAUGGAGUGACACUAAGGGUUGUCAAGAACCUUCGGAUAUGUGAAGACUGUCAUUCAGCAAUUAAGUUCAUAUCUGUUGUAACGAAUAGAGAGAUAAUUGUUCGGGAUAAGCUUCGUUUCCAUCAUUUUAGAGAAGGCUCGUGUUCUUGUUUAGAUUAUUGGUGA